GAGCGACGAACUGACGAGUAUCCGCGCGAAGCGGCUCCCUGACUGCGUCACAAAGCAGCGCCGAGUCAAACCUGCCUUCUUUAAAGUUUUAAACCUCACGAGCGACUCAACGCUCUUCCUCGCGGUUUUCACCCCGUGACGCCAUUUACGCGUUAAACUAGUUUAGUUUUCUUUUUAAUCCCUCCGCCUCCUCUGAGGGGGGGGGGGAAAAACCGACCUGCCCGCGCACGCGCAGAGCGGAUGCCGGGAGCGCACGCGGCUCGAUGUGCGACAGCGGCGGCGGCGACGGCAGCAGCAGCAGCAGCAGCAGCGACACGAGGAGGAAGGACAGACGGCUGACUGACAGGCAGCUCUCGGACGGACAGACGUCGUGGCUGCACGGCGGCGCGCAUGGCACCGGGCACCACCCGCUGAGCGGCGGCGGCGGCGCAGCAGCAGCAGCGCGCAAGUGGCGAGUCGGCGGCUGGGUGGGCGGCUUGCGCGUCAAACUCAAGGAGGUCGGCAUGGACGGCCGAGGCACGCUGAAGAUGUUCGCCAGGAAGAAGCGGGAGCUCAUCAAGACGCCCUCCAUCACGAAGAAGAGCCGAGCAGGAAGCCCCGCGCCGCAGAGCAGCGCGCCGUCCCUCUCCAGCCUGCAGGAGCAGCCUCGUAAAGAUGCGGCCGAAGGCGGCCUCUCCUCUUCGCCCUGGUCCUCGUCCUCCUCGUCCUCCUCAUUCUCAUCGACACUCACCCCAACGUCGGCCGGGUCGCAGGACCCCUCCGUGUCCUGCCCGGGGACCCCCAGCGCCCAGCACGGCAAGCUGGCGGCGGGCGGCCCGUCUCCCGUGGCAACCCUGAAGAGGCCGACGGCGCUGAGCAGACACGCCAGCGCCGCAGGCUUCCCGCUGCAGUCGUGGGUGUUCACGAAGGGUCAGGGCAGAGCGGCCUCGGCCCCGACGACGCCGUCCGACGGUCCGGAGAGCACGGCCAUCGAGGUGGAGGACAUCCCGGCGCUGCUGAGGGACGUGGCGCGCUUCGCCGAGGCCGUGGAGAAGCUGAAGGACGUCGUGUUGGCCGAAGGACAGAGGGAGAGCCAGCGGCCCGUGGCUCACGAGUGCCUGGGCGAGGUCCUGCGCGUGCUGCGUCAGGUCAUCAACACCUACCCGCUGCUCAACACCGUGGAGAUCCUCACCGCUGCCGGCAAGCUCAUAUCAAAGGUCAAAGGGUUCCACUACGAGGCUUGUAACGAGGCGGACAAAAAGGACUUCGAGAAGGCGAUCGAGACCAUCGCAGUGGCGUUCAGCAGCAAUGUGUCGGAGCUGCUGAUGGGGGAGGUGGACAGCAGCACGCUGCUCUCUCUGCUGCCCACCGAGAAGAGCCGGUCGAUGGAGAACUUGUACGCCUCGGCGGGAGCAGACGGGGGGGCGUUCAGGAGCGACCUGCAGGACAUGGGCCGAGCCGAGGAGGUGGACGUCAUCCUCCAGAACAGCGAGGGGGGGGUGGACUCCGCUCUGCUCUACGCCAAAACCAUCUCCAAGUACAUGAAGGACCUGAUGAGCUACGUGGAGAAGAGAACCUCGCUGGAGACCGAGUUUUCCAAAGGCCUCCAGAGAUUGUACCAGUCCUGCAAACACAGCAUAACGCAUCCCCACAUGCCCCUCUUCUCCAUCUACUCGCUGGCUCUGGAGCAGGACCAGGAGCAGAGCAUCGGGCUGCAGCAGGCCAACACCACCCUGCACACCCAGACCUUCAUCCAGCCGCUGAUGCAACGCAAGCAGGAGCACGAAAAGAGGCGGAAGGAGAUCAAGGAACACUGGAUUCGAGCAAAGCGAAAACUGAUGGAGUGCGAGGCGAACCUGCGCAAAGCCAAGCAAGUCUUCAUGGUCCGCUGCGAGGAGUACGACAAGGCCAAGACGGCCGCCUGCCGGGCCGAGGAGGAAGGAGGAGGGGCGACCGCCAAGUCCGUGGAGAAGAAGAAGCGGGUGGAGGAAGAGGCUCGCAACAAGGCGGACGAGGCGGAGGCCACUUACCGGACGUGCAUAGCGGACGCCACCACUCAGCAGCAGGAGCUGGAGCACACGAAGGUCACGGUGCUGAGGCAACUGCAGGACGUCAUCAAGCAGAGCGACCAGACCCUCCGCUCGGCGACCAUCUCGUACUACCAGCUGAUGCACAUGCAGACGGUGGCCCUGCCGGUCCACUACCAGACCCUGUGUGAGAGCAGUAAGCUGUACGACCCGGGCCAGCAGUACGCCGCCCACGUCCGAGACCUGCAGCUGCCGGAGCAGCCGACCGUUCACUACGACUUCGAGAACUACUGUCCCUCCAGCUCCUCGUCACACGGCCACAGAGCGAGAAACGACAGCUUCAACGCGGAGCAGACGAGUCCCGCCGACGCAGCGUCCGGGGACAACCGGGACGCGGAGGCUCAACGCAAGAGGCAGGGACACAAGUCGUGGGGUUCCACGGUGAGCGACGACAGCGUGGGCGGAGAAGGAGGCCUCGAGUCUCCCACUGCGAGCACAAGUGACAUCAGUAAAAUUGUUCGCACGUCAUCCACUGGAACAAUGUCGUCCAAUGAGGACGCAGACGAGAAAGACGUGAACGUGACGUCAUUCGAAUCUCCGAACAUUAACGGCAUGGACCCCGACGUGGUGGUGUCCACCCGACCUUUCCGCAACCUCGGCCUGUCCAAAGCGGCGCAGACGCACCGCCUGCGGAAGCUGCGGACUCCUUCAAAGUGCCGCGAGUGCGACAGCUACGUUUACUUCCAGGGCGCCGAGUGCGAAGAGUGUUUCCUGGCGUGUCACAAGCGCUGCCUGGAGACUCUGGCCAUCCAAUGCGGCCACAAGAAGCUGCAGGGUCGCCUGCAGCUGUUCGGCAGGGACUUCUCGCAGGUGGCCGGCUGCGCCAGCGACGGCAUCCCCUUCAUCAUCACCAAGUGCAUCUCCGAGAUCGAGAGACGGGCGCUCAAGAUGAAGGGCAUCUACCGGGUGAACGGGGUGAAGACGCGCGUGGAGAAGCUCUGUCAGGCCUUUGAGAACGGCAAGGAGCUGGUGGAGCUGUCCCAGUGCUCCCCGCAUGACAUCAGCAACGUCCUCAAGCUUUACCUCAGACAGCUGCCAGAGCCCAUCAUGCUGUUCCGCAUGUACAACUGUCUCAUGGGUUUGGCCAAGGAGAGUCUGCACGGCGAAGCGGAGACCCCCGAGGGGGAGGAGUCCCACCGCGUCGUCCCGGUGGGGUGCAAGGCGCCGGAGCUGGAGGAUCGGGGCCGCGACACCGACCCGGAGGUCCUGGUCCUAGUGGAGAAGCUGAAGGAGCUCCUGAAGGACCUGCCCAAGGCCAACAUCGCGACGCUGCGUUACCUCAUCCGCCACCUGAGGAAGAUUGCAGAGUUGGAGCAGGACAACAAGAUGAGCCCCAGUAACUUGGGCAUCGUGUUUGGCCCCUCCCUGAUGCGGCCCCGUCCAACCGGGGCCACGAUAUCGCUGUCCUCUCUGGUGGAUUACCCCCACCAGGCCCGCAUCGUGGAGUCCCUCAUCGUCUUCUACUCGUCCAUCUUCCAGUCCAAAGCUCCGCAGUCGCAGCGAACCUGUGGCUCUGCUUCCACCUCCACGCAGCAGGCUGGCGUUGCAGAUGACAAGAUCGGGGGCUCUGCGGAUGCAGGCAGCGAGGAGCCAAAUAAAAUCGAAUCUGACCAGAUGGAGGAGGGCUGCUCUGGGCAGCAGAGUGGAAGCUCUCGUGGCUCCAGUGAGCAGCUCUCCGACUCGGCGCUGGACGACCGCGGCCAGAGGAGCGUGGUGUCGCCGGGCCUGCUGAGGCAGGAGAGCGUGGACGAGGACCAGCUGAGCCCCAGGGACAGCCUGGACCUGUCCAGUGAGCCCGCGACGCCGGACGCGGAUCGGGACGCUCACGACCUGGCGGAGCCCCCCGCGCUGCCGGACAGCGGGCCGCCAGACGAGGACAGAGCGGCGGAGCGCGACCUGAGCGCCUCGCUGGCCGAGCUCAACGUCAACAACAACAACAACAACCACCCGUUCUCCCACGGAACGAGCUCGUCGGGCUUCCCACUGCAGAGUCUGUGCAGAAAGAUGCUGCCGCUGACCAGAAACCGGGCCAGUGAGCCAGAGUUUGUCUGAUUUCAGGGUCCAAAUCAUUUUGAGUCGAUCUGGUUUUAAUCAUUAAAAUCCAGCUGAUGUAAUAUGUUGAAUGCAGAUUUCAGCUGUGUUCAUUUAUCCUGGCAAGCUUCCUGCUGUUUGAUGCAGUUACUUCUUUCAAGAGGUUUUAACUUAAAUGAUUAAUACCUACUGCUGCAAAAAUGCGUUUUUAAAAUGUUUUAUUCGUUGCUCUUGCGAGCUUAAGGAAAAGUGGUCAGUAAGUCACAUCUUAAUGUGCAGUUCAGAAGCAAAUCAAAGGGCUUCUGGUUUUAUUUCAGCACUAAAAGUUUUAAAGUAAAUUCAGUAUUGUCUUAUAAAUGUUGCCUGUAUUGCCUCGUUCUGGAUAUUUGGUAUAUAAUUAAAAAAAGUAUUUUAAAGUUG